AUGGCCAGAUCGGCGUAUAUCCUCUGUGGCAUGGUUUUAAUCCUGGGGCUGCUCUCAUAUACAGUGGCUUCCAAAAGGAACAGGGGCUCCCAAGGCGCCAUCCCUCAUCCUGACAAAAACAACCCUAACGAAUCGGAGCAGCAACCACAGGCACCGCAGGCGGGCUCUGGUUCCCGACGACGGGAAAAGAGUUCUGCUGCACCGGCUGAGGAGGUGCUGGAGUCCAGCCAAGAAGCGUUGCAUGUCACUGAGCGCCGCUAUCUGAAACGCGACUGGUGCAAGACCCAGCCACUCAAACAGACCAUCCACGAGGAGGGCUGCAUCAGCCGCACCAUCAUUAACAGGUUCUGCUAUGGACAGUGUAAUUCUUUUUACAUCCCCAGACAUGUCCGCAGGGAAGAGGGAGCCUUCCAGUCUUGUUCGUUCUGCAAGCCGAAACGAUUUACUACCAUGACUUUCACUUUGAACUGUCCGGACCAGCAGCCGUCCACCAAGAAGAAGCGCAUCCAGCGCGUAAAGCAGUGCCGCUGCAUCUCCAUAGACUUGGACUAGCCCUGUGAUUGACUGGGAUGCGGCCAAUUAGUCUCCUCAUCAAACAAUUAUUGGAUUGUUCACAUGAAGGAUAAUCACCGUAUGUCUGGGAGCAUUUUUCCCUAUUCCAAAUAUGAGAAAAUGUUCAAUCUGCAAGGAACGUAAGAUCAGACAGACAUGUUCAGCAUGUUAUAGGCUUCUGUAGAUAUACUUGGGCAUAUUCUUUUGUAAACAAGGACUGCUGUACCAUGUCAAUUUAUGCGCAUAAUUGCCUAUUAAUCAAAUUGCAAUAGCUCAAAUUGCAAUAGCAGCCUGUGGCAAGCAACGUUGCAUGGUAAAAUGACGUGGAAUGAACACAACAAACUGCUGAUUGUGUAAACAAGCGCACGGCUUUUCCAACCUCCUCAAAUAGGACUGCAGAACCUUUUCACACAAUGUUUUUACACUAUUUUGAACAGAGACAGCAAUAGGCUAUCAAAACCAAUUUCAAUGGGGGAAAUAGGACAGACAAUGCGUUUAUAUAAUUAAUGGUUGACGAAUAGAUAGUUUCCACUAUGUGGAAUUUGAAAAAAAGUAACGACUAUUUAAUGUGGCAAAAAUGCUCCACUGAUUUAUUUGACUCCAAUGUUCAGUGUUAUAGUGGAGAACGGAGAGUUUUUGUAAAGUAGGCUAGGACUAAUAUGUUCGAUGCUAUAAAUCUAAACAAACGAAAUAUCUGUAUUAGUUGGACAUGGAAAUGAAAAUGUUCGAUGUAGGCCUACAUACUUGUUUAUAAUGCUGUAGAUAGAAGCUUUUCUUUUAGUUAUAAAAUGUUAUUCAUACACGAAUUGUAUAUGC